AUGUCCACGCGUACUGGAUCGAAACAAGGACGACCAGCGGCUAGAUCCACAACAAAAUCAUCUAAAGAUCAAAAUAAAGGUGAUAAACAAGCGUCGACUGUUAUUGAAAUUGUUCCUGGCAAAUUUAAUGAAACAGAUUGGUUAACAUUAUUAGAAAGUGAUGAUACAGAAGAUUUUAUUGCUGGAAUAUUCGAAGACAUUUGGACAGAUGUAUCCAAACAGAUCCAACAAUUACAUGUGCAAAAACAACUAUUACCAUUUACACUGAUGAUUACAGAAAAUGCUUUGUCCAAUGUGAUUCAGUGGGCAUUCUUGGAAAGAGAUGAACCGAAUCCAACUUCAGGUACUUUUUGGACAGAGGAUACAGAACCGAUACCGUGUCUUAUGGAUAAUUGGGGUGAAGGCGUUGUACCAGCAUGUCGUGAAGAACAGAAUCCAAUGUUGGAAGAGUCGCCUACACCAACGAUUGGUCGUCCAGUAUCAGCGCCUGUUAGUGUUUCCAAACACAAAGCUAUUGGUCGAACUCAACGUCCGUCGACCGGAUCAUCUACAAAUAGUUCAGCUCAUACGUCACGUUCGGGUAGUCGAUCGAAAAAGCUCCCAAAAAUCAUCGAAUCUGUGGAUAGUCAACAUCAAGUCAAGCUUGAUCCAUGGACGCAGACUGAUAAUGAUGAGCAAGCACUCAAUCAGAACGAAUCAUCAACUGAACAAGAAAUCAGUCAAACAAGCUUCGAUAGAAGAUCUUACAAUCAUGAUGUACUCGUGAUCCAAGCACAACCACCUAAGUUGGAACCAUUGACUGAACUGUUUGGUCCACUACGAAUAGCAACAAAUAGUUCAUCGACUCAAUCAAUUCCACUAGCAGCCAAUACAAAACGACGACCAUUGAAUGUGUCAAAAACAUCAUCACAAUUUAGUUCGGAUUAUAUUGCAUCGGCCACAAAUCUAAGUGAUACAGCAAGUGUUAAAAACCACAGGAAACUUAAUGAAUCUAAAAUAUCUGAUGAGCAACAGAUCGAAGAAGCUAUUUCGAAAGCUCCCGUCGCAGCACAUGCAAUACUUAAAGGUAUACUUAGUCGGCCAGCUGGUUACCGAGAACUUGACCUUGAUCAUAAUGGUAAUGUGAUUUCCAUGACAAAACUUGAUCCAGAUAAAAUACAAACAAAAAAUAUACGUAUGAAAUGCGAUAUUAUGAAAUCACGAAAACCUGCAAUAGAAGUUCGUCCAACACCAACUAAACAACCACCACAACUGAAAAGCGAACGAUCACCAUCGAAGUACGCGCCGGUCAAAGUUGUACUGCCGGAGCAAUCGACUGAAGUGGGCGAUCUCAUUCAGCCAGUACCUGGCGUACUUUAUGAAGAUUCACGAUUGAAAAAAGGCGAUCCACGGCAAUAUCAGUCUGGCAUCUCGAAAUACACGAACUAUUUCGACGAAACUCAUACAUUAAAACCCAUUGCUCAACGAAGUGAUCUUGCCAUCCUUCAAGUAGCAAAUGAUUUGUUACAUCCGUCGAAAAACUACGACAGCGACGAUGAUGAUAAUGACCGAGAUUCACAAAUACCUAGAUUGCGUAAAUUCACUCCAAUACCGCCGAUUACACCUGAGCCAAAUACGACUACAGCAUAA